CCACAGCAUGGCUUCCGUCUCCGAGCUCGCCUGCAUCUACUCUGCCCUCAUCCUGCACGAUGAUGAGGUGGUGGUCACGGAGGAUAAGAUCAAUGCCCUCAUUAAAAUAGCUGGUGUCAACGUUGAACCUUUCUGGCUUGGCUUGUUUGCAAAGGCUCUGGUCAAUGUUAACAUUGGUAGCCUCAUCUGCAAUCUAGGGACUGGUGGGCCCGCUCCAGCAGCUGGAGCUGCACCUGCUGGUGGGCCUGCUCCAUCCACUGCUGCUGCCCCAGCUGAGGAGAAGAAAGUUGAAGCAAAGAAGGAAGAUUCUGAGGAGUCGGAAGAUGACAUGGGCUUUGGUCUUUUUGACUAAACUGCUUUUGUUAACUUGUCCAAUAAAGAGCUGA